AAAAACAGGCUUCAAUCUCUUUGCUCAUCAAUCAUGUGUGAAAAGGAGCCGCUGUGACAAAAUGGCUUCUCACAAGUCAAAGACUGGCACCAAGAUUAAUGUUACAAAGGCAGAAUCCAGUCCGGUGGAUGAAUAUGUCACACCUGGGGGCUACGAGCUGGAGAAAAUCCUCAACCGUGGGAUUGUAGUUUAUACUCAUGUCAAUGAGGUCUGGCCUCAUGUUUACAUCGGGGACGAGGAGACGGCAAAGGACAAGUACACUCUGAAAAGGUUGGGGAUCACGCACAUCCUGAACGCCGCGGAGGGGACGUGGAACAACGUGGACACCGGCGCCUGCUACUACAGCGACAUGGACGUCGUCUACUACGGCGUGGUGGCAGAGGACGUGGCGACGUUUGACCUGAGCCAGUAUUUCUUCUCUGCGGCCCGCUUCAUUGAAGAAACACUGAAAAACCCUCAGAAUAAACUGCUGGUGCACUGCGUGAUGGGAAGGAGUCGCUCCGCCACACUUUUCCUCGCCUAUCUAAUGAUCUGUGAGAACAUGACGGUGGUGGACGCCAUCGAGCACGUGAAAAACCACAGGCGGAUCAUCCCAAACUGGGGCUUCCUGAAACAGCUGAGAGAGCUGGACAUGCGACUCCAGGAGGAGAGAGACGCCACAGAGCGGAGAUGACCUCAGGUCCAGCCUCAGAUCAGAAGUUUUGAGUUAAAUCACUAAUUAUUUCAUGAGAAGUCUGAGGAAGGGACACCAAAAGUCCAGGACAAGCAACUGAGUUUCGGGGGUGGAACUCUGCGUGGAGGGUCAACAUCAAAGUGCAGCCUGCUACUGCUAAAUUCCCUUAGUUUUAACCCUCAAGUCAUUCAUGACAAUCCUAAUUGGAGUCCCACGUGAUUUGAGAAAGACAACAGGUUGUGAUUUAGCUCACAAUCGCCGGCUUUCAGCAAUGCUGACGCGAAAUACACCAGACUAAACAUUUCCUAGCUAAAUGUUGGAUAUUAACGCAUAUUUUUGGGAUUUUAAAGUCUUUUGAACUGUUCUACAGUUCGGCACUGUUCGCUUUGAUUCUUGUGUCAGACGGCGCGCUCAUGACUCUUCCAGUCACGGCACUCUCUGACCAAUCAGUGGCCGGCAGUGGUGGCACAAAAUGGCGGCCUCAGUAAAGCAAAGCCCUUGCCUAAGUAAGGCUAUGAAAACCAAACAAUUCUCCUUUUAAAGCUCUUAGAAACUCAUACAAAGGAUACUUAUAGAUACACUGGACCAGUGCAAAUGCUCUCUUAGAUCAUGUCAAGUACAAAUCAGCAAAACUGCAAAUAAAAAAAAAACAUGCUUUUCAGAUAA